AUGCAAAAACUAACAAGAAUUAACAGUUGUAUCCAUCAUUUUAAAUGCAUUAGAAAAAUGAAAAUGCAAACUCAAACAUUUAUUUUGCAAUCCUUCAUUUUUGUUUUAGUAUUUUUAAUUGUAAUCUCUUCCCAGAUGAUUAACAAGUUUAUGAUGGAUGACAUAAUUGAAAAAUUGACUAAAGAAAUAGAAAUAAAAACCAAUCUCAAAUAGAUAAACAUUUAAUCUCAAUUUAUCAAAUAUUAAGCUCAUCACCCUUUGGAAUACGGAUUCAAAUUUCUGCAAAGCUUCAAUAAAUUGAAUUAAUUGACAUUAAUAGACCAAAAAACUUCAAUUCAUCUUUUGCUAGAAUGUCCAAAGGAUGAAAAAAGUUUCGAAAUUUAUGAAAAAAUUCCUUAAUUUUGUUACAUAUUACCAAAGAGCAAUACGAUAACCUCAGAUAAAACAUUAAUAGCCCAUAUAGUAGGAUAUCAGGCUUUAUUAAACUCAUUAUUUUUGCCAAUUUCUCUAUCUGAUUUCCAAGAAACAUUGUUUUUCACUUUUCUUUCAGAUGAAGAAUAUUUUGCAAUACUUCCAUCGAAAAUGAUUCAAGCAGUGUACUUACCAUCAAAAAGACCAUGGUACCAGGAAUAGAUCUAGAAAGUGUAAAAGACAUAAUAGAAUGAUACAAUUUCGAUCUCAAGUAUAUAUCAAAAUUUUGAAACAAAAAAAUAUGAAUUCACAAUAACAAAAGGAUUAACUGACCAAGAAUAGAAUUUAGGUGGAAUAUUUGGAAUCGAUUAAACUUUGGAACAUUACAAAGAGUUAUUAUUGUAUGAUGAUUUGAAUGUAAUUCUGGUUGAUCUCGAAGGAAGAAUGCUAUUAUCAAAUCUAAUGAUAAAAUAGGAUAUAGAUUUAUCAUAAGAGAAGAAGUACAUUUAUGAUAGUGAUGCAACUGGAUUCGAUGAAAAUGAUUGGAAUUAAAUUGUGAACGAAGCCAAAAAAUCAGGUUAAGGGAUUAUUGAAUGUGAUGAAAAUGGUGUUAAAUAAUUUUGUAGAUAUAAUACAUUCUUUAAGUAAGAUCUGAUAAUAAUCGUGAUAAACAUAUCGAGUUAGUUUUACUUGCUUGUGUAAAGUAUCUUUAUUAUCACAAUAGAUUUUAGAGUUUGGCUCAUAUUACUACAAAUGUAACCAAGGCCAAAUAGCUGCAGGAUUAAAUAAUGUCUGAAAUAACCUAGUUUCUGUAUUACUGUGUCUUUGUGGCUAUCAUUUUAUUGCUGCUCUCAAUAAUUAUCAUUCCAAUAUUUUUUAGACCAUUACGAAACAUUCAACAAAUGAUUAGUACUCAAAUGGUUUCUAAAUUCACAAUCCACUAUGAUCAUUUCUUUAGUAGUAAUAGGAAGAAGAAUUAAUUAGCGUUCUUUUCUGAGAGUUUUAAUGUUUUCAAAUAGAAAUUAUUAGAUUUUACAUAGAGUAAAUCACAAGAUUGCUAUAUUAUUGAGAAUUUCAAAUAUCCAAGAUAACAACAGAUUAUUGUAUAAGAAUUAACUUCUUUCAUUAAAUUUCAAUUAAUUGUAAUCAUAAUAUCCUAUGAGAUAGAAAGAUCAGAUAAAUAAUCUGCCUAACUAAAAUAUCCAAGUUAUUUAAUCCCCAAAACUAAUCUGUGAUACUUUUCUUGAUUAUAGUUGUAACAGUUAAAAGAGCGUGAUUCAAGUAUCACCGAAGGAUGUAACAUUUCGUAUUGAUUUCUAAAACAAUUAAACUUGA